AUGGGCAAUAUCACCAGCAGGCCUGAAGAGGCUGCGGCGCUUUAUCUACGAGACCAGACUCGAUUGACCAUUUCAUCGUUAACCGUUACUAAUGCUCGACGGCGGACCGUCCUCAACGUGAUUCCAAAUGCAUUCCCCGCAACAAGAGUAUCGGCGACGCGCGAUCUGGGGGAUAACAGCAUAGUGGAAUAUGUCCAGGACCCUGAACAAUCUCCUGGUGCCUCGCCGAAUUUCAUUAUAAAGCUUAACAACGACGACGAACUUACCUUCAAGUUUACUUUUAUUAUUCGACAGACUCCACAAGUCGCGCAGGGAAAUACUGGGGUACAAGAGACAACGGGCGGUUUGGUGGACACCGUGGUCAAUGGCCUCACAUACGUAUCGGCUUCGACAGCCAAGGAAGUCGAGACUUUAGUGACAAGAGAAUUCCAUGCCGACCCGAAUCUACACAAGAAUGCAAAUGUACAGCUAGUUGGGGAUUAUUCCACAGGUGGAAGUCAGUCAGUAUCAUUUGAAUGGUCCUGGAAAUGGCGGCCGCCAAAGCCAACAGAGGAUCGAGGGGGAGGAUGGAGAAAUAACUGCAGUUUUGUUGAAUACGAUCCUCGAGCACACCGACUGAAUGAGCUUGCAAGCUUUUCAUUCUGGGUUUCAAAUCCCCAGCAAUACCUCAGCCAGCCGAAUUCUCCCUCUCCACCAUUUAGCCUCGCUGCGCCUCCUAAGCUCCGAGUACCUUCGUCACAAUCUAUGGAUUCCCGAAUGAGUGGGACUGAUAUGCGGGAAUAUGAAGAACCUUUAUCGCCAAGCAUGCCAGCCUCCGACGGUCCUGGCCCUCUGCCGAAAGAUUUGGUCAAGGUCGACGUCUCAUGCCAGCGCCCCGGUGAAGAUAUGAGCGCCACUGAAGAUGGACCUCUUUUCCGAGCUACCAUGAAACAACUGGAGCAGAAGACGGGAAGUAUGAAGCAGCGCAUGAAGAAGGUGGUAAAGAAGGCCGAGGCAGCACAUAUCGCGCAAAUGGACUGCAAUGAGGCUGUUGUUGGAUUUAUGGAAGCUCUACGAGAAGCAUCCUCAUCGAACGCCAACGCGGUCCAGCCAGCUCUGGAGCAUUACUUUGACAAGAUUGCGCGGGAGGUGCUGCAGUACGAGAAGCAAAACGCGGUUAACUUACAGAAGAUUAUCAUCGAGCCCUUGACCAAAUUAUAUAACAUCGAUAUCAAGCAAGCAGAGUCUAAGAAGCGAGAUUUCGACGAGGAAAGCAAGGAUUAUUACGCCUAUGUAUCCCGGUAUCUAGGACAGCGGCAGGAUUCCCUAAAGCAAAAGAAACGAACCGAUAGUGACAACAAGUAUCAAACAAAACGGCGGAACUUUGAGCUUAAGAGGUUCGACUACUCUUCGUUUAUGCAAGAUCUUCACGGUGGCAGAAAGGAGCAGGAGGUAUUGUCGCAUUUGACAAAGUAUGCGGAUGCCCAGACCAGAGGCUUCUUGGCAACAGCCAAAACGGUCGAGGAGAUGUUGCCGCAAUUAGAUGCUUUGAGCUCCGAAGUACAGAAAGCCGACAAGGAGUUCCAAUAUCACCGCACCGAACGUGAGGAGAAACGUCGAAACCUCGAGAUGAGCACUGCUCCUUACGUGGAGCCCGACACAUUGCCAGCUGUCGCUGUCAUCCCUCCGCCGUCAAGUAGCGGCGGUGGUUCAGCCUAUCUAUCUGAUUCAGAGCUCGGCAGAUCAGAUAGUACGGCGUCUACGCUUAGAGGGGUAUCUGCAAACGGUACAGCCAUGGCGCAAGCUGUCAAUAGCGGUGUAUCGGAAUUUUCUCGCUCUCCAGGCAGCUCGACUUCCUAUGUCGGAGCCGCGCCAAGCCCGGUUCCCGCUUCCAAAUUCAGGGGUAUUCGGGACUUGGAAGAGAAAGACUAUUCGCAAGGCUCAUCCAGCGAGAAAAUGGGUGAAGGCCGGCAGGAAGGUCUCUUGUGGGCUUUGAGCAGGCCUGGUAGCCACGCAGAUCCUAGAGGAUUGAACAAACAAGCCUGGCAUAAAUUUUGGAUUGUUCUGGCUGCUGGAAAGCUGUCUGAGUAUAGCAACUGGAAACUAAAGCUGGAUCUGCAUAUGGACCCCAUUGAUCUUCGUAUGGCUUCUGUCAGAGAAGCUCGGAACGCAGAUAGAAGAUUUUGCUUUGAGGUAAUAACACCUCAGUUUAAACGAGUAUACCAAGCAACCUCCGAGGCCGACAUGAACAGUUGGAUCUCGGGUAUCAAUAACGCUAUUCAAAGUGCAGUUGAGGGCCGUGAGUCAAGAGCGCCGCCCUCCAGGCCGGCUCCAAAACCUGAGACUCAUUCGAUCCGGCGGGACAUCGGCUCGAUUUUGACAGGCAAAAGCUCAUCUAUGAACCAUGGGACGCACCACACCACCAACAACUUGGGUGGAAAUAGUGUGCUCCGACGGACUACGGUGGGCGCACGACCAGCAUAUAACCGACAGGGAAGCAAUGGGUUUGACGACAGCCCGGACAAGCUACUUAAGCUACUGCGUGAAGCAGAUCAGGGUAACUUCUGGUGUGCAGAUUGUGGUUCGGGGAUUAAGACGGAGUGGGUAUCGAUCAAUCUUGCAAUUAUCCUCUGCAUUGAGUGCAGUGGCAUUCAUCGAUCUCUCGGGACACAUAUUAGCAAGGUUCGCUCGCUUACGUUGGAUAUCAACUCAUUCACUACAGACAUUGUCGAGCUUCUUCUGCUCGUUGGCAAUCGGGUCUCGAAUAUGGUAUGGGAAGCCAAGCUAGAUCCGGCUCUUAAGCCAACGCCCCAAGCUUCUCGCGAGGAAAGGUUAAGGUUUAUCACGGCCAAGUACGUCGACAAGGUGUACGUAGAGCCCAUCUCAUCGACACUCUCACGAUACCCUACUGCGGAUGAGACACUCCUUGCAGCUAUCAAGAAGAACGAGAUCCAGCAGGUUAUAUACGCAUUGGCGUUGAACGCGAACCCUAAUGUUGCAGACAAGUCCAGGGGGACGCAUUCGGUCUUCUUAGCAUUGGCUGCUGCGGAUCCUGCUCAACCUUCGCCAGUGACUUCGUCUUCAAAACCGGAGACACCUGUCAAGCCAGUUCCAUUCCCUAUAGCGGAGCUGCUUGUACAAAAUGGAGCUGAGAUCCCUGCAUCUUUACCUGCUUUCCCUCUUAGUCGGAGUGCGAGUCUUUACAUUGAGCAGAAGAGUGGUCGAGGGCGUCCAUUGAACGAUACUAUAGGAGCACUUCCAGUGUUAAGUUCAGCAGACAGGCAAAAGGAUCGAGAUGCGCGAUUGCAGAAACGCGUGAGUGCUGGUGGACGACUGGCGAGAGUACCUAUUCCGGAGAGGUGA